AUGUGCAGUGGAUUAACCCUGCUUGCCCAGAACACCAACAUCAGAAAGCGGCGGGCUUAUGGUCACGACGAAGUGCCCGUGGAGCCCUCCUUUUAUGGGCUAACAUACCCGCCACCUCUUCUCAACGACGUACCCUUGCCACUUGGCCACUCAUAUAUACUCGACCAAAGCAAUCAACCCUACGCUUUUGGGCCUGCCAACCAGUAUGUCCUCGAACAAGCUGCUCUAAUCCUCAACCGCCCCGUGGACGCUCUUUUAGACUUCAGUGAUCACCAUCAACAUCAACCACAACCGCGGCAGCAGCAGCAGCAGCAGCAGCAACAACAACAACACCAACACAUCGCGCCCGGUUGGACAGGCGCGCGGCUAGCGGACUGUUUCGCGAGUUUUUCUAUGUGCCCCCCUUUUGAGCCACAAACCACAUAUCAAGCUCUUCCAACGCCCACACCAUACGGCUACAGCGAUCACCAACCCCCCAUGCUUGAUUCUGCCGUGGUGUCCGUACAGCCACAAGCUCAGGCAUCCUUGCUCCCCACGCCCAUUACUCCCAACUCGACUGCAUUGUUCUCAUGUGAUGACCCAUCAUUGACGGCUGAAUACUUGGCAAGCUAUCCCCCGCUGCAGCCCGACCGGCCGAUGGGCUUUCAACCUGCUAUAAGCCCUGAAGAGAUGGUCUAUCCCGGGGCUGUACCACCUGUCAAGUACGAAGACCACGCUGGUAGGUUACAAAACGCGGCGAGGCCGGAGCUGCAACUCCCUUACUUGGUGGAUGCACCCCUAUCGACAGGUGUCAUGUCGGGUGCUUACGUUGCGGGGGUCGAACCCCUACCGUACGACGGGAACGGCAUGAUGAUGACCUUACCAUCACGCUUUCACCCCAUUUCGUGUUUCGACGUUGAAUCAGGGACCGAAAAUGGAGGCAACCAAGACAAGCCAUCCGGACUGGAACUUCUUCCACCACACAAGACCACCCCUGUCAAACGCGGUCCCUUCAAAGAUCAGGACUCUCGAGAAAAAACCGCUCUUACCAGAAAGAUGGGGAGCUGUAUUCGAUGUAGGAUGCAACGAAUUCGGUGCAAUCUUGACCCAGAGAACGAGAAAGGGCCUUGUUUGACAUGCAAGAGCAUUGCGAGCAGUGCUAAGGUGUAUCGUUUGAACUGUUUGCGGCUGAAAAUCACAGACGUAAAACUCUUCAAGCCUGGUCAGCUCAAGGGCCAGGAAUGGACGAAUCGCUGGAAGGAUAGCGUGAUGGACGAUAUUGGUACCUGGGAUUCUGGCCAGGUGCGAACGAUUCAGGUCACGGAGGGCUACACCGGCCAGUCAGUCAAGUUACAGGUUCGGCAGUUCAAACCGCAGCUCGGUGAUAAAAUCAAGAGGUCUUGGGUAUCACGAAGUGGGCAAAAGCACGAAGUUCAAAUCCCGGCCUUUGCCAUCGUCAACAUGGACGACGCCAAAGCCGAGUUUGAUCAAUACAUCAAGAUUGGCUUGGUCGACUGCUGCCAUCGCCUUUUGGGCUCGCGAGACGAACUACUCUGGCGGACGUACUCGCUUGCUAUCAACGCGGCACGCGACCCCUCGACGCCCCAGUCGGAGAGAAGCCUGUUAAUUUCGACUUUGGACCUUUGGAUGUCAGUACGGCUAACGACCAAGUCUUUUGAGAUCGUGGGAGACGACACAUUGGGUAUGCCGCCCAACAUCAUCAACGACCACGACAAUCCUCUUCACGGGAAGAUACCUCUCCCACCAGUGAUGGGAGCACAAAUUGACUCGGUCAUCAUCCACCAAAUUCAGCCUCGCCUUCGUCGAAAAGCCCUCGAAGAAUUGCAAAAGAUGACUCAGGAGAAGAAACAGAAGACCUGGCUCACCACAUACCUGGUGACCUUCAUCCUGCUGCAUAACAUUGCUCUGAUCACCAAACAUGACGCUGACUACGCUAAGAAACACGGAUUGCGGACACGCUUUGCACGAGAGGCUAAUGUCAAGGAAUACAACUUGGGCGCGAACACGCUUCUCGCGUAUUUUCACUACUGCAAUAAGGCCAUCUAUCCAUUCUCCCGUGAAUGCAAAGACCAGGACCUGCAGAAUUUAGCAGAGCUUGACGACACCGCCAUCUCGUUUGUCCAUUACACGCGAGAGCAGGUUGUGGCACACAAAAAAACAUGGGAAGAGCUGUGGGCGAACGACAAUUACGAGCAUGAGUACUACUAUGUGAGCCAGCUCUUCGAACCCAAUUGGCAACCUCGAACCAUGGUGUAG